UCAAACAGCACAGAUGUAUUGACUUUUUAUGCCAUAGCGCUACCUCUAAAAUUCAGUCUGAACACAGACAAAAUGAGUUCGAGUUUGCUUCAUUUUCUGUCCAAAUUCAAAAUAUGUUAAACCUGCAUAACUCCAAUGGUAACAGAUUAGCUUUCUGUCUGCAGAUUUCCCCAAGGAUCAGCAGCUGGUUGCAGCUCAGGCGGCAAUCUUGCUGCUUCCUGACGAGAACAGGGUGGCGCUGCGAACGCUGUUGUUCUUCCUGUGGGAUGUGGUGGCCUGCGUGGAGGAAAACCAAAUGACUCCAACCAACAUUGCAGUUUGCCUGGCACCGUCGCUUUUCCACCUCAACACCCUGAAGAGAGAUGCCAACACAGCCAGGUUGAGUCAUAGGAAGUACAGCCUAGGUCGCCCAGACCAGCGGGACCUGAGUGAGAACCUGGCUGCCACCCAGGGCCUGGCCAACAUGAUCACUGAGGCCCAGAGACUCUUCCAGCUUCCAGAGUUUUGGCCCAGUCAGAGUUUAAGUACUGCAGGCACUAACGAGGACUCUCACUCUGAGGAGGGAGGACGACCAGCUUCCCCCAGUCAGAGCGAAGCUGAGGAGGAGCAGGAGGAGAGAAGGAGCAAGUUGCAGCUGAGCACCCAGCAACUCCUGAAGGAGGCCAGAGAAAAGAGCCGAGGCUGGGAGAGCCACCCAGCCCCAGAGCAUGUGGAGCUGGCCUUCAAGAGG